AUGACUCCCAGUCCAAAGGUAAAGGAGAAAACGUUUCAAUCCUCGCUAAAGGCCCUAGAAAAUGCGGCCAAAGAUGUUCUGUCGUUUACUAAACUCAUGACGAAAAUGGAGGAUGUAUUUGCGCAGAACAGGGAGUUGGAACAGAAGCUGGAGGUCGCCAAUCAAACAAUCGACGAACAACAAUUGAAGCUCAACGCAGAAAUCCGGAAGAACGAAGACUUUGCAGAGAAGAUUGGUCAGGUGGCACAGAGAUGGGCCGAGGAGAAGAUUGAUCUUCAAGCCCAAAUCCAAAAUGCGAGCAACAAAACCAGCAUAGCGGCCCAGAGAAAGGAGAAUGAAAUGAACAAAAGAGUCGAAGCGGCCGAGCGCGCUGCGAACCAAAGCCAGAAGAAACUCGACAAACAGGGUUUCAUGAUAUCAAAGCUCGAGACGAGUCUUCAGGAAACACAGCAUCAAUUGAACGAACUGCAGGUAGAUGUAGGGGUGGAAGAAAUGGAGCAAGAGAAGAUAUUUAACCAGUUCCAGACCCUUGAGAGCCAUCUCACAGACCUGAUCGAAGAGUUCUUCGAAGACACGAUCAUCACAUCGGAGCUAGCAGCAUCAGAAGAAUUAGGGUCAACCCAGCUAAUAAGGGCCAACUCGGCCUUUCCCUUAAUCACUGACCUUCCAUACGUCAACUUCACCUAUCCUCGUACCAUUUACGCCCAAUCAAUCAUUGCAAGCAGGCUCUCACAAGAUAUCUUCCUAGCAACAUAUUUGAACGCGCCCACGGGACGGAUGAGCAUGGGAGAAGUCUUGCAACACUCCCGUAAUCUUCGACCCAGCCAGAAAGCUAUCCUACGGUCACUUCUGACCACCCUCUUCCAGCCUGACGAACAGCGGGUACGGACUGAGACCCUGGAAACCGCAGCUUCUGACCUGUACCGAACACUUGCACCGCUCGGGCGUGCGGGAAAAACGCACGAAUUCAGACAAAGUCUCCAUGAAUUCCUGGAAUCCGCUGCCAAUAUGUGGUACUCCAUGCGGACCUGCUCUCGGCUAUUUUACGCGACCUCGAAACUAGGGGACCACUCACCGAGCUGGCGUCAUUCUGGUAGUCACGUUUCCCCAAGGGAUCAUCAAUCGUCACAGCCGCCAGCCUACCACUUUCUGGUCCUGUUCCCGCACAUAUUCUGCGAAGAUGAAAGCCCUUUCUACCCCGGGCUGCUUUGGAUCGGUGAUUCAAAUUCCCAGUCUCCAGUACCAGAGAAGCAAGGAUAUUGCUCUUCCGGCAUUGAGAGGAAUGGGACGACGGCUGUGGAGAAAGCAAAAGCCAAAAAUAUCUCGACGCCCAAUCCAAAAUCAAACACUCCUGCGAAGAUGAUUCAAGUUGAGCAGCAAAAUUCAGGCUUUGCAGAAAGGAGGCCAAGCAGUGGGGUGUCGGAACGAAGCCAUAAGACUUUACGACGAAGCCGGGUGGUGCCAGAACCAGAAUAUCUUAAAGAUGAGCAUCACUAG